AUGUUCUUCCAGCUUGUCGCCAACGCUGGCAAUAUUGCUCAUCUUGUUCUCUCAGGGGACUGGAUAGCGGUCUGGGGGGUCAGCGAUGGUCCGAAGGGAAAAGCUCUGGUGAAGAAGGUCACAUCGUCCAAACUCCGACUGAAGCUGUCUCCGGACAAUGAAACUCUGAACUUCUACGAGAUCAACCACUACAAAGAGGACAUGCAUAACUGCUCGUACUUCAUCAUCAACAUGACAGUUACAAAGGAAGCCGACAAUCUGAAGCUGGAGGCACACGAAGGAACUUCGCUGUAUGAGGGGAAGCUGGAGUCUUUCAAAGACAACACGACGAUGGCGUUCUUCCAAACGUGUGACCACUGUCUGAUCAUGAAGUACAGCAGCGACGACUGGGGCAACUACAUGCUCGUCUACAGGGAUGAGGACCAUUACCUGAACGUCUCGGCACUGAAGGAGGAACACGCCACAUUCCACAAACACGCUGCAUGUCUGGGCUUUCCCACUGAGCCGGCAUUUAUCCACGACGGUACUCAAGACUUCUGUGCCGAUCGAUCGGAUUUAUGA